AUGUUUAUCAACAUUACGAAAACUAGAACAAUACCGGUUAAUUUGAUUUCAAGUGACAGAGUGGAUGAGGCAUUUGAUAUCUGCUUGGAAGACCUUAAUUCUGGCACCAUAACGGGCAAAGGCAUGGAGCAAUGUUUAAUGAUGGAACUUAAAAGAAUGGCAUUGGAAAGAAAUCAGGAAGAAUUGACUUUCCCCACUAACUUCGAGGAGUAG